AUAAAAACGUUGGUCUGCUUUCCAUCUUAUAAAACGUCUUCAUGGUUUUAGCAGAUUUAGGACGUAAAAUAAAUUCUGCCUUGGUAGAGCUUACCAAGGCACCCGUCGUUGAUGAAAAGGUGCUCGAUGCUCUCUUACGAGAAAUUUGCGGUGCGUUGCUCACGGCCGACGUCAAUGUUCGUCUGGUGCAAAACUUGCGAACCAACGUUAAAAAGAAUGUCAACAUCAACGAAAUGGGAGGCGGCGUCAAUAAGAAACGAGUGAUUCAAAAGGCGGUCAUGGAUGAGCUUUACCAGUUAGUGGAUCCAGGUGCGGAGCCUUACAAACCUGUGAAGAAUCGAGCCAAUAUUUUCAUGAUGGUCGGUCUUCAAGGUGCGGGUAAGACCACGACGUGUACAAAGUUGGCUUCGCAUUACCAACGCAAAGGAUGGAAGACGGCUCUGGUCUGUGCUGAUACAUUCCGUGCUGGUGCUUUCGAUCAGUUGAAGCAAAACGCCACCAAGGCUAAGAUUCCGUACUAUGGCAGUUAUGUCGAAAAUGAUCCCGUCGCGAUCGCGUUGGAGGGUGUGGAAAAGUUCAAAGCAGAGAAGUUUGAAAUCAUCAUUGUCGAUACCUCUGGUCGUCACAAGCAGGAAGCUGAACUUUUUGAAGAAAUGAAGCAAAUCUCGGCUGCUGUGCAACCGGAUUCCACGAUUUUUGUCAUGGACGGUACUAUCGGUCAAGCAGCUGACAGUCAAGCAAGAGCUUUCAAAGAGGCAGCUAAUUUUGGUUCUAUCAUUAUGACCAAGAUGGACGGCCAUGCCAAGGGUGGUGGUGCCAUCUCUGCCGUGGCAGCUACACACAGCCCCAUUAUUUUCAUUGGUACUGGUGAACAUUUGCAUGAUCUUGAUCGAUUCGAGCCAAAACCUUUUAUUCGCAAAAUGUUGGGCAUGGGUGACAUGCGAGAUUUGGUGGAAAAGGUGCAAGAUAUGAACUUGAAUCAAAGCAAGAACUUGAUGAAAAAUAUUGAACAAGGACAAUACUCAUUACGAGACAUGUACGAACAAUUUCAACAAAUAUCCAAAAUGGGACCUUUAUCAAAGAUCAUGGGAAGUAUACCUGGUAUGCCUCAAGAAUUGCUAGGCGCAGGCACUGAAGAAGAGGGAAGCAAACGUAUCAAGCGAAUGAUGUGCAUUAUGGAUAGCAUGAACGAAAAAGAACUUGACAGUGAUGCAUCAUUAUUCACAAAAGAGCCCAGUCGAAUGUUGCGCGUAGCACGUGGAUCGGGUACAAGCGUACAUGAAGUCGAGGAAAUCUUGGUACAAUACAAACGAUUUGCCGAUAUGGUGAAGACCGUGGGCGGCAAGAGUGGUUUGCUGAAGAAUAUGCCCAAAGAUCCUCGAAAAGCAAAUCCCAACCAGAUGCAACAAAUGGCGCAGAUGCAACAACAGAUGGCCAACAUGGUUCCCGGCGGUAUGCAGGGCUUGCAGCGCAUGGCCCAGCAAAUGGGAAUGGGAAAUAUGUUUGGUGGAGGCCGCGGUGGAGCCGGUCGUGGAGCCGGUGGCCAAAUGCCGGAUUUCAGUCAAAUGAUGAACAUGAUGAAAAAUAUGAAAUUUUGAUCAGUUUAGAAUUGCCAUCAUAAAACAAAACUGUCU